CCUUGUUGUCGCUAGCGUCACACAGGUGUUUUCACCCCAACCGCAACAGAAAUAAGUCAUGUGAGUGCCUUUCUUUACAUAAUGGGACAUCAUUGGACUACAAAGUGGUUUUAAGAGCUAUGCCAGUACCGUUUGCAUCACUUCAUCAACUUUAGUUCUUUCUGAAAGAACUGAAAAUGACCUCUUUGAUUCUGAGGAGUUUGUUACUAGUUGCAGUGGUUGCAAUCUCGUCAGGAAAUGGAGUGCAGUAUACGGCCAAUUGGACAAGUAUCGACUCCCGGCCGUUACCGGUGUGGUACGACGAGUCGAAGAUCGGUAUUUUCGUUCACUGGGGGGUAUUCUCCGUGCCCGGGUACGGCCAGUUCAGUGAGUGGUUCUGGCAGUCGUGGAGAGACGCACAUCGAGCAGACGAGGUUGAGUUUAUGAAGAAAAACUACCCUGUGGGUUUUACAUACGCAGAUUUUGCGCACGAUUUCAAAGCGCAGUUCUUCGACCCUGAUGAGUGGGCUGAAAUAUUUGAAGCUUCUGGAGCCAAGUAUGUGGUGUUCACAUCCAAGCAUCACGAGGGCUUCUGUAAUUGGCCGUCUGCAAACUCGUGGAACUGGAACUCUGUGGACACUGGACCACACAGAGACCUGGUGGGAGACCUGGCAACUGCCGUACGCAAGAGGAAGGGACUGCACUUUGGCCUGUACCACUCCCUGUAUGAGUGGUUCCAUCCUCUCUACCUGAAGGACAAGGCUUCCGGGUACAAGACCCAGGAGUUUGUCUUCCGGAAGGCUCUUCCUGAGCUGGUUAACCUGGUGAUGACCUACAAGCCAGAACUGAUCUGGUCCGAUGGGGAUUGGGAAGCUCCUGACACCUACUGGAACUCAACAGAAUUCCUGGCCUGGCUCUACAACGACAGUCCUGUCAAGGACUUUGUGGUGGUCAAUGACAGAUGGGGGAAUGGUUGUUACUGUAAACACGGAGGUUACUACAACUGUGCCGACAGGUUCACGCCAGGCUCUCUGCCUAACCACAAGUGGGAGAAAUGCCAGUCCAUCGACAACCGCUCCUGGGGUUACCGAAGAAACAUGAAGCUCAUCGAGCUGAUGGACCUGCCCACCAUCAUAACGGACAUGGUGUACGUGGUGGCCCUGGGUGGUAACUACCUGCUGAACAUAGGCCCGAUGGAGGAUGGUAUGAUCUCCCCUCUCUUUGAGGAGAGGCUGAGGGGCAUGGGGGCCUGGCUGGGGGUCAACGGAGAGGCCAUCUACUCCUCUAAACCCUGGAGGGUCCAGGGGGAGAACACCACCGUGCCAGUCUGGUACACCUCGAAGAACAACACAGUCUAUGCCAUACUACUGGAAUGGCCUUCCAAACUGCUGUUUGACCUCGCAGCACCCAAAACCUCUGCGGACACUAAUGUCACUAUACUGGACGACCCGUCCGUACCUCUGAAGUGGGUCUCAACGGCGCCAACCGGACUGGUGGUACUCAUGCCUGACAUCAUGCCAGUUUCCCCGGGGCAAGGCUGGGUCCUGAAACUAGAGGGAGUGGUGUGAGAGGUGUACAUAACUGUUUUUAAUUAUUGAACAGUCAUAAUAUCUUAACGUAUAUGUUUAAAUUGUAAGUUUCAGGAGUUGAAAUGUAAUUUUUUUAGGAUUCUGACACUGGUUGAUUUUUGUGUGAGUCAGCUAAAGACUAGCUACCUUGAAUGUGCAAUAGAUGGCAGCUCUGCAGUAUCCCUAUCAACAAUGGCCUCCUUUAAAAAAAAAUAUAUAUAUAGAUAAGAAAAACAAACCAAACAUUUGGUUAUAUCCUAUUCAGCUACUUGAGGCAAAUAUGAAAGAGACGCAUUAUGUUCAGCAGUGAAGGACCAAAUAUUGGAUGUUCAGAAAUGACACAACAAAGAUAGUAAUUUGUUUUCUGGGGUUGGUAGAAAUGUGUAUUGCAACAGGGUGUAGAAAGCGAACGUUCUACUUUUCACGACAAUCUGUGUGUCGGCUUCUUGUGCCUUUUUUUUUGGUGUGUGUGUGGACAACCUUUAUUUCGUGAUAAACUGACAUGACAAUGCACUGUCAGCCUAUAAAAAAAAAUAUGUGAAUGUGUUUUUAAUUGUUUUGAAUUACCAGUAUGUCUUUACAUUUUUUUAAUGUUCUUCUGUAGAUUGACAUUGUCCUUGUAGCUACAAUUUUAUUUUAACUCUAUAAAAAUGAAGCCCUUAUCUGAUUUUUUAAAUUUAAUUUUUUUUUUAAAUUUUUUUUACCACAAUAAAAACGUAGAUCAACAGUC